AUGAGUUUGCCACUAAACCCAAAACUGUUCAUUACUGGCAUUACUGGUAAGCCAGUAAUGGUGAAACUGAAAUGGGGUAUGGAAUACAAGGGAUACAUGGACCCUGUGAAUGGCUACAUGAACAUGCAGCUUGCCAGUAAAGAAGAGUAUAUUGAUGUGGUUUUGUCUUGCCAUCUUGGAGAAAUUCUAAUAAGGUGCAAUAAUGUACUGUAUAUACGAGGAGUAAGGGAGAAGGAAGAAAAUGUUGAGAUGAGAGAAUAA